AUUCUGGCAUUUGCAGUCAAAGCGAAAGGUAGUAUUAGACUAUUAGUUUCAUUUUUUUGCACUCCGAUUCUUAGAGUUUGUAUUUCUUGAAUAUGAAUCUACAAUACCCAUAAAACUUGCCAAGCUUUUUGAUUCAAGAGCUUUGUGAAAAAUUUUUAGUAAACCAUUUUUGACUGAGAGAGUAGGUUUAGGUAUUUGGUAUGGUGAAUAGCAGUGGCCGACACCAUGGAAGCUUAGUCAAAGUGGGGUCUUCUUGUCUGGUCCCUGUUUUGACCAUUGUCUCUGAGCUCUAGUGCUUUUUCUUCAAGGCUCAGAGAAAACCCACAAAGACCAAUGCCAUGGAGACCCACUUGGGCCAGCCAUGUGAAAUUUGCGGUGGGGAUGGCUAUGCAGAAUUAAUUGCAACUUGCAUUAAGUGCAAUGUAACAUCCGAACAUGUCUAUUGCAUGUUGAAAGUUCGAAAGGAGGGCCCGCAUGAUUGGGUUUGUGAAUCAUGUUCACCACCAGAAUCCGCUAGGAAGGAAGAGGCAUUCGGGUCACCCCAUGUACUCCAUGGUGAUGGUGAGCAGUUAUCUGCUCCAAGCAAAGUCCAUAACACUUCAAGUUUACAAGCUCAUUCGAAAAGGCCAAAACAUGCUGCCACUAGCAAAGUGAAGUUCAUACCUACUGAAGAAGUCAUAAGGCUAUCAUCAGGAGGCACAACAAGGACUACUUUAAGCCCAAAACGUGGUUUUUCAAAUUUUAAGGCAUCUAUGUGCCGAACGACUCCAAUCAAGCCCAAAAUUCUGACUCUAAUAUCCCCAGUCAAAAAGCGUCCAAGAUAUGGUAGCAUGCGAAUUCUCUCCCAGAUUGAUCAGCACACACCUCAAAACUUAAAAGAAACAAGAGAAACAAAGGCUCCUGCUUAUGCAAAAGAAUAUGAGUCUAAGAAAGAGUUAAAUGCUGUUUUGCCUGCCAAAGAAGUCAACUCUACUAAAGCCAAUGAAGAGAAGGGUACCAACAAUGCAUCAUCUGCAACCUCAAAAUCAAUACGCUGUCUAUCCAUGACCAGUCGUAACAUAUUUAAUGCUGCUGAACAAAAGAAUGCGGAUUUUGAAGAAAAGCACCUGGCAAAUAUUUUGCCUUUUCUUCAUGUAUAUCGUACUUAUUUUCCUGCACUGAGGGUUACUUGGAAGGGAAGCUUCAUUCUUGGUAUGGAUACAAGUGGGGAAUCUCUUGGUGCAUACCAGGCACAACCUCCUAGCAGAGUUCAUCGGAAAGCCUAUAAGUUCGCACAAACUAUGCCUCCAGUCCUCCAUUUUAAGCUGCUUCCUCAGUUUGAACUUCUUCGGAACAAUUGUCUUGAUCUUCAAGAUAUAGCACUUUACUUUUUCCCUGUUGAUGACAUUGAAAGAUCGGGUCAGAACCAAGAGUGGUUGUUUGAGCACAUGGAGAUCCAAAAUUUAAUGAUGAGAAGUUGCGUUGAGGAUGUUGAGUUGCUAAUAUUUACAUCUAAACAGCUGAAUGUAGAUUCUCAGAAUGUUAUGAUGAUGUUAAAAACAGAAAGGUUUCUUUUUGGAGUCUUCCGUAGUGUUCAAACGGUGCAUGAUAAGUUCCCUAUUCCUACUGCUUCAAAGGAGCUCCCUUUUCCUACUCCGCAAUGUGUAUCUGAUGAUCGAGUAAACUCAGAUGACAGUAGAACUGUUGACAUGGAAAUUGACAUGUUAGGUGGGAAGAAUGUGGGAACGCUUGAUGUAAUUGCUAGGAAAGAACCAUCCACCCAAACAAGCACUGGACCAGGCAAUGGUUCAGAGAUCCAGAGUUGAUGGGAUCUGUAAACCAUCCUUAGGAAACUUCAAAUUACCUGAGAACAGAUUUUGUUAUUACUUUUUCUCUCCCUUUCCAGACAUAUUAAAUGUAUCUACUCAAGAAGGGAAACAAAAAUGAUAAUCAAAGUUCAUUCCUUGGUAUCGUAACGGAAGAUCAAAUAGUGUGCUGUACCUUGAUGAGGGUCGCUACUGGUUCGUUUGAAGUGAUGGUGCGCAUAAGAGCAUGGUUAAAUUUUUAGAUGCAUGGAUUAUGUCUUGUUAUAGAAGAUGGGUUUAUUUUGAUGACAGUUUUUAUAGCAAUGUACAAACUGGGUACUAACUGAAAUAGGAAAAUAUGUACAUGGGUGAUAUACGAGAGCUUGCUAUAUACAUAGUCCGGUCUACUUCCUAAUAGAACCGUUAUAUGAAUAGUGGGAAAAUAUUCAUAACAUCAGAACCUUUUGGAGUCUACUCACUAUUAUUAUUACCAAUGUUGUUAAGUCCAAUGAGAAGUGUAAUCAUAAGAGAUGAUUUCAAUAAUUAUCAAUAAAAG